CUUAUGUGCUCGAAAGGUUCAAGGAGCAUGUCUCAUUAGAAUUGUUGAGAAUAAGAUAUAUGACUACAAAUUGAAUGUUUUUAAACUCAUCUCAUGGUUGUAGGAAUCGAAGACCCAGCUUCUCAUUUGGUGUCAUGCUAAAAAUAUUCAUUCUUGCUAUGUUGGGUAUAACAAUUCAGCAAAAUGUAUACUACGUUGGACUCCAUCUCAUUUCUCCAACUGUUGCCAGUGCCUUGGGCAAUGUCAUUCCUGCUUUUACUUUCUUAUUGGCAAUUGUACUGAGGAUGGAAAAGCUCAACUUGAAGACUGUAAGAGGGAGGGCCAAGCUUGCAGGGGCCAUCUUCUGCAUCACUGGUUCCCUGAUCUUCACAUUUUGGAAAGGUCAUUUUGUUGGGGGCCUUUGUUACUUCACCUAUGAUCCAACUUCAUUUCGAAAGUCCUGAGAAAGGC